UUAUGCCAGGAUUAUUACUGAGUGCUAGACCAGCCAGGUUUGAUCUUGAGCAGGAUUUGCGGCAUCCUUCAAGAUGAAAACAAAUAGCGUGAUCUGUUUGACAUCACUGCUGUCUAUUUGCAUCUGGAUGGUACAAAGUCAGACUUUCAAGCCAGAGAUCACACCUAAUGAUAUCCAAGCCAAAAUCACCACUAAUUCUGUAAUACUGAAGCAUCCAUACUGUUAUUUUAACCAGACAUGCACUCCAGAUGACUGUGAGAUUUGGCUGGUGCCGGCGCUAGUUUCAGCAACCGGCACCUUUGAAACGGAGAGCGUAAAUGCCAACAUCCUCAGCCUGUCACCUUAUCCCUCAGCAUUCAUUGAACCGUUGUCAAAAAACUACUUUCUGACCAAAGUUGGACUUCAGAAAGGUUUCCCCUGCAUUGCAGCCUCAGAUGCUCUAUACUUCAUAGUCGGAGCAGAUGGAAAAUGUUCUACACCCAACUGCAAUGGAGUAUUACCUGUUGGAUCUACUUUUAGAUUCAAGUAUCUUCUUGUCAAUGGAACCAGCAAGACUAUUCUUAAUCAGACAGACUGGUCUGACAACAUCAAUCUUUACACUCCAAAAAACCCUGAAAGCAUUUACGAUGGUUUUAGUAGGAGAUCUGGUGCCAUGAUUGUCAUUACUAGCAUUCUCUGUGUGGCUGUGGCUCUACUUUUGCUCUUUUUCUUCAUCAUGCUGUGCUUAGUCUGCUGUGGCAGAAAAGACUCCAAGCCCAUCACAAUUGUGAACUCAUUUCGUAUCCCCCACUAUGACAUCCAUAACCUGAAGAACACUGUGCAGCCCUACGACAAUCCUGCCUAUGAAUCAGAGGGGAAAAAAUAUUCCACAUAUGACACUCUUCCCAGAACCGGAGCAUGUUGACACUUCAGAUGCCAUAAAGCUACGAAAACUGUGAGCUUCCAAAGACACCGUCAAUGCAUUGCGAAUAAUGGGGAAACAAAAUUACUAUGCAGUAUUUUCUCUUUCAAUACGUCACAUAGAGUAGUUUGGAAAGAUGGAUUCAAACAGAUUGAUGAGUGUACAUUCUUAAAAAGAAAGAUUCCAAAUGGGUAAAAUAAAACUAGAAAAGGGUUUUAGACCCUAAUUCCAUAGUAAAACCUUUUAAGGUUCCACAAAGAACAUUUUAUUCUCUUGUUCUUUAGAAAACCAUCAAUGUACUGUUGCUGUAAAUAACCUGGAAACUGAUACACAAAUAUUUUUAAUUCUCCAAAGAAGCAUAGAACCGAACCAGGAACUAUUAACAGUGUAAAAUGGUUCCUGAUGAACCUUAGGUGCUGCAAAGAACCAUUAAAUAACUUUAUUUCAAAGAGUGUUGAGGAAAAGAAAUGAGGAAAGCAAAUCAUGGAAAACUUCAAAUUAAGCCAUUAAUUGUAUGACACUCAAAUUGUGUAUGUAUGUUACAUUGCUGUCUGUCUAUCAAGUGUUGUUCGAGCAUAGGCCCUUUUAUAAACGCUUUGAUGAGAUCAGAUCUGUGUCCUGUAGAACGUUUUCCUGUAUGUUGAACCAUGUAACCAGAAUGACUCUAUUAAAAGCAUAUAUGUUAUCAGUUUACUUUUGAGUAAAUAUUGUGACUUAAGUAUUGUUUAUGAUCAGAGAGAGAGAGAGUUCAGAGAAGAACACCUACUAAUGCAUGCCGGGCCGAACUAGGCAGAUACCCCCUAUUGUACAUAUCGAAAAACGAUCCCUCAAAUUUUGGACACACCUAAAUUCAAGUUCCCCUAACACACUGCAACAUGAAGUCCUUAAAACCCAGGAGCUGAAGCCAAAAACCAGUCCACUUUGUCAGCUGGCUCUGAAACUCACAAACCCACUAACAACUAACAAACACCAGUUUCAGACCAGCACUGCUGAACAAAACCAGAUCAGAAUAAACCAAAUCAUAAAAGAAAGCUAAAAUACAUAUUUGGACCAUUGGAAAAAUUAAAGUAAAAAUCAAAGCAAACUGGAAUGUUAUCAGGCCCUAAACAGAACAUAUAAUCUUGCAGAAUAUCUCCACACUGUAAGAGAUCCAAAACAGAGACGGAUCCUCACCAAAUACAGACUCCAGUGAUCACAGUCUGAACAUAGAAAAAGGCCGACACAGACAAACAUGGCUUCCAAAGGAAGAACGAGUCUGUGCUCACUGUGACACGGGUGAGGUCGAGACAGAGACAGACUUUCUCCUUCACUGUGAGAAAUUUACAGAGGUGAGAGAGAAAUACCUCCACAAACUCUCAAACCUCAUGCCACAGUUUCCUAGUUCAGCAGAGACAGAUCAGAUGCUGGUGUUACUGGGGGAGGACCAUCAUGCAUCAGUUGCAGCAAAAUUCAUUUUUGAGCUGCACACCCUCAGAAACCAAUCACUGCCUUAAUAUACUUCAUUCACAGUACUUUUAUUCUCUUAUGUUCAUAAUGUCCUGUUUAAUGCGGAUUUUAUUUUAUAUUGUCUAGUGUAUAUUGUAUUAUAGUUUUUAUUAUUAUUAUUUGCCUUGUCAUUAUCUGAAUUUGGCGGGUGAGCAACUUGUCCUAAAAACACACUUCUGCCGUGACUGCCAUAGCAAAUGUGGUUCACUAGAUGGAGCUGUUUGGUAGCAAAGUAAAUAUGUUUCCUAGUGACAUGAAUUAUUAUUAUUUUUUUUUCAAGAUUAGAAUUUUAAGUAAAAAUGUUAACAGGGUAAGCUGUCACGUGGGGUAUUUGUCACAAUACCAAUACAUAGAUGACAUUACAUUUAAGGUCAACAAAAUAAAUGGAUUUGUGUUUUGUUAUUGUUUUGCUGUUUAGAUUUGACUGAAAAUGGUAUCAUAUGCUACAUGAUAACUUACCCAUAUAUAGUGUUGCCACAUGCCCCACUAUGGUCAUGGUUAAGAUGUGUUCAGUUAACUAUAUCUGCUUUCCAGUGCAAUAAUGGUGGACAUGUUUUAUUUUUAGCCAAGAUUUUAAGUUAUUUGUCUACACAUGUUGAUUUUCAAAAUGAAACCUUCCAUGAGAAAUCUUUUCUGGAU